AGGCACCGAGGUUGUGGGUGGUUCGUACGUGGGGUCCCUGAGGCGGCGGGGGGGCUGAGGCAAAGGGAGGGAGGCCGGGAAGGGGAGCAGGGAUGCGAGAUGAUAGGGAGGGGAUGAGCAGUGUGAGGGACGGGGGGAGACGGGUUUCCGCCCUAUCCCGGGACAUCCCAGCGCUCCCACAGGGGAAAAGGGUUUGAUUUCGCUUUCUACAGCUACGAGAAAGGAAGUGACUGAAAAGUCACGGAAAGCAAGAAUUCUAGACAGUAAGAAAGCUAUGCUAAUAAGUGUAGUGUACUUUGUUGCACGCAAAUUCUGUGCAACAAUAUGCUAUUGUAGGUGAGAAUAAACUAUGCUGCUUGCUUAAAUGGUUAUGAAUUGAAACAACUCUAAUUAUAACCACAGCCCUACGGUCUUUCCUCACUCUGCAAAGAAUCCUUAAAUAACCUGCCAGUUCCCAUGGCACCAGCUGAAAGAUGUCCUGAACGUUUCUGCUGCCUCCCUGCAGCAAAAAACUUCUGCUCUAUGGGGGGGGGGGGGGGGGAAUUGCGUCCUGCAACAGCCACUCAGCCGCAAGCAUCUGCCUCUCUUUGCAGCAGCACUGUGGUGAACUGCAGCAUCAAGAGGCAGUAUGGAGAAAAUCAUGGCAGAUCUCUUGCGGAAAACCCUUGAGGAGCUAGGGAGAUAUGCCUUCCCGAGAUUCAAGAGGGAACUCAGUAAAAUCCAGCCCAAGGAGCAGUAUGAGCGCAUCGAACUGGAGAGCCUGAUGGGGCUGUCACGAGCAGCCCUCGCCGAGCUGCUGUGCAGCCACUACGGGCAGCCCUACUGCGUGGAGGUGACAGUCAGAGUGCUGAGGGCCAUGGGCAGGAGCACCCUGGCAUAUACACUCCUGCACAGGCUGACGUAUGGGGCAAGUUUUGUUGAGCGCUACAGAGAAAUUGUGAUCCAGAAAGCCUCUAAUGUGGCUAAUAUCAUCAUGGCUCUCCUCCGUGAACACGUACUGACCUCUGAGCAGUCUGACAGCAUCAUGUCAGAAGGAACCAACCAGAAGAGAAUGAAGAAGCUCUAUGAACUGGUGCCAACGUGGGAUGUCACAAACAAAUAUUGCCUGUAUAAGGUUCUAUGUGCAACAAAUCCAAUUCUCACUUUAGUAUAUACAGCUGUCCAGGCACAGGGUAGCAUCAUAUUAGAGGGUCCCCAGAAACACAUGGUAGAACUUCAAGGUCCCCGGGAACAGUCUGGCAUUACAUUUCAGGGUGGUCUCCAGGCACAGUCCGCCAUUCGACGUGCGGGUGGUCUCCAGGAUCAGUCUGGCCCUAAACCUCAGGGCGCUACAGCUGGGGACAUGCCCUCCAAAAAGACAGACUGGUCGGACGAGGGCAGCAGCGUGCAUGGGGCAGCAGCAUCCAUGUUACCACAAUAUACACUCUUUGGAGACAUUGAUAAGAGCACCAGUCCCAGUUCGGGCAGGAACACACGCUCAGGUGCCAUCUGCACGUCAUGUCCCACUGAAGAGGACUGGGCAGAAGAAGUGAAGCCAGAGAUUAUUGGGGACAAACGAGGGAAGAAAGAGAUAUACAGAGCUCACUUUCCUCGGGCUGGUCUGUUCCGCUGUGUCGAGACGGACCUUGAGUUCCUGGUGAGGACAGCCACCAGCAUUGAGUACAAGUACUCCUUCUGGGAACGUCACCUGGCUUCAGGGAUCCCCCCUGUAUGGAUGGAGGUUGGCCCCGUGUUUGACAUCCAUGCCCCGCCAGGCACUGUAGAGGCCAUUCAUAUCCCACACUUCCUGUGUCUUGGAGAGGGGAAGCAAAACACUUCCUGGAUGCAAAUUGCCCACAUUGUUGAUGGGAACCUACUCGUGGAGAAGCCUACAAGGGUGAAGUCAUUCCAUGCUGUGCUGGAGGACCCCAGCUUUUCCCCCAUGGGUGUCAUAUUCCUUUCUGACAAAUUGCCAUUCAUCCCCGUCCAUUCCCUUGUGCUCCUCUAUCGGGUCUUCAGUGCUGCAGACAUCACCUUUCACCUCUACCUGAUCCCCAACCAUCGUGGCCUGGAAAAGGCAGUGGAUGAGGACGAGAAGAGAAGUGGACACUCGCUCUUGGUGAACAAACCUCCCAACACCAUCCGACCACUGAAAUUUAACAGGUGGUAUCGCGUAUCCGGUCCUUCAAGGGCAGAGAUAAACCCCAAAGAGCUGAAAUUCGUCUACCUGGCAUUGGACAGACGUCAGCUCUUCACCGAGAUCUACACCAAGGACAUGGAGGAAGGAAUGCAGCUCACCUUGACCAAGGUGGUCCAGGAGGGCAAAAGGGACUGCAGGCUACUCUGGGGCACCCUUCUGAGGGCAGGUAGGGAGAGCAGGAUGCAGGUCUGUGUCACAGGUUCUGAAAGGCUUGGAGGAUGUCCAAAUGUUGGGGUCCCCUGGCCUGGGAAGGGAGCAUGGUGCAGACAUGCUCAGGUGCAGAUAUUCAGACAUCAAAUACUGUGUGUCCCAUCCUUCUGUCUUCAAUUCAUACUCCCCAUUCUACUUCUGUCUCUCCUCCAGGUGACAUCAAGCAGCCGGCCACCUCUUCCACUCCAACAUGCUCAGGUCACUCAUUCUUGGAGCAUGAGCCAUCCUCUGCUCUCCAGGUCAGACAUAAAGGUGACAUUUUGUGGAGGAACACCGAGAGCAGCUGAUCCAGCGUGUGACAUCAGUCAACAGCAUUCUGGACCGGCUCCGCCAAUAUUCUGUUCUGACUGACGAGCAGUACGAGAGCAUCCGAGCACAGAGCAUCAGGCAGGAGAAAAUGCGCCUCCUCUACAGCUUCAUGCCCAGCUGGGACAACACCUGCAAGGACCGGUUCUUUGAUGCGCUGAAGGAAACCAGUCACUACCUCAUCCAAGAGCUCCAGGGAUCAUGAGGGCUGACUUGGGAGUGAUGGUGGUUCCAGGAGAACACAGGCCCUUGAGGACCGGGGGAGGGUGAGAGAUGGGGAGCCCCAGGAUGGGAUCUAAGGGCUCAGGGGAGCCUGCACUACAGUCUCAGGAGGAGCCAGAGGCCAGUGCUGCUGAGGGGGACCGAUGAUUAGUGUGGUGAACCUUCCCGUGCACUGCACCACGUGGGGAAAAAGCUGGCCCCAGAGCCAGCAGGUGUGAAAAUAAAAAUAAAAAAAAAAAACUUGAAAUGGUGCUUCUGAGCCAGGAAUUGUCCUCAGAGCACAAGACUAUUUGCACCCGUGUUUGUCACUUCCCGUGUUCUGCCUGCCCUCUGAGUGCUGUUCCAGCACAGCCCAGGUCUACCAGCCCCACACAGCCGCCUCAGCUGCCCCCGAGGAUCCAGGGGGCUCAGGCACAGGGAUGGCUCCUGGGUGUCCCCACAACUGACAGCUCCUGUCAGGAGACCCCCCUUGAGACAACAAUCACCCCCACUGGCCCCUGUUGCCUUAAUGCUGCCCCCACAAUCAUCUCCCACAGCCUGAGUAACCCCGGGAUCUCUGGCGCCCCUGAAUCCAGUGCCCCCACUGCCACUCCCUCAGCCCCCUCAGGGGGUGCCUGAGGAAAAGGGAGGGAGGGAAGCCAAAAAGGGGAGCAGGGGAUGCAAAAGAAUAGGGAGGGGGCGAGCAUUGUGAGGGGCGGGGGGUUCCAUGGCACACCAGCACAGCAGCACCCGGGUUUCUGUCCUAUCCUGGGACAACCCAUCGCUCCCCCAGCCCAGGAAGGUUCGAUUUCUGUGCAGUUCCUGCAGGCCCAUACCAGAACUCAGAACUACACACAAGGCUGGCUGCUGCCAUCCCAACCCCAGAAGCUGGGGAACAAACAUGCAGAGUGAUGUUUUUCUUCCAGCAUGGGCAACUACGGACAUUUGCUUUGUUCCAGGUACAUAGCGGAAAUUUUCUCAAUUUUAAGCACUACAACCUUACUAUUUUCUCUUCCAAUCCUCUGCUCCAGAUCCCAUAUCUGCUGCAGUGAAUGGCAUUGUGAAGCCCAGGCACACUGUGCAGGCUUAAAUUCCAGUCCUUUGGAGAGCAAGACUUUGGUUUAUGAUCAAGAAUUUAGCAAUCCAAGUGCAUUAUGCCUGUAUUGCCAUAAUUAAAUCAAUGGCAUAGAGCUGUAAGCAGGGCUGACACUUCUGUCUGUUAGCCACACACAACAAUAUUACAAUUAACGACAGAUCUAUUUUACUUAUCUUGAACCACCUAUUUGGUAACUACAGGCCUGUCAGUCUCAUGUCAGUGCCUGGUAAAAUUAUGGAGAAGAUUAUCCCUGGAGUUACUGAAGCGCACCUGGGGGAC